AUGGAAUUUACCAACAUGUCAUAUCUGAACCCAAAGACAGUGAUUCUGAUUGGGAUCCCUGGACUACAGCAUGUGCAGUUUUGGAUUGGAUUUCCCUUUCUUGGUGUAUGCCUGGUGGCUCUUCUAGGAAACAUUUUCUUGUUAAUCAUCAUCCCUACAGAACGCAGUCUUCACCAACCCAUGUACAUCUUCCUGGCAGUGCUGGCAGCCACUGACCUAGGUCUCUGUGUAGCCAUUGCUCCAAAGAUGUUGGCCAUCUUCUGGUUUGGCUCUUGCUCCAUGGCUUUUGAUGCCUGCCUCACCCAGCUCUUCUUCAUUCAUGCCUUGCAGGGUAUGGAAUCUGGCAUUCUGUUGGCCAUGGCCUUUGAUCGCUAUGUUGCCAUCUGUGAUCCUUUGAGGUACACAUCCAUCCUUACACCUUUCUUUUUAGUUCUGACAAUUCUGAUGCUGGCAAUCCGGACAACAGUGCUUGUUGGGAUUUUGCCCAUUCUACUUAAACGACUACAAUUUUUCCAGUCUGUGGCUAUUGGUCAUUCCUACUGUGAGCAUAUGGCUGUGGUCAAGCUGGCUGCAGAAGAUGCCCAUAUCAACAAGUCAUAUGGGCUUUUUGUAGCUUUUGCAAUUCUAGGUUUUGACAUGAUCUUUGUCUUGAUCUCCUACAUUCUAAUUUUUCAGGCUGUUUUUCGUCUUUCCCAGAAGGAGGCACGACAUAAAGCAUUCAGCACCUGUGCUGCCCAUAUUGUUGUCUUCCUGGAGUUUUAUAUCCUUGCCUUUUUUUCCUUCUUCAGCCACCGCUUUGGACAUGUGUCACCCCAUGCCCAUAUCCUAUCAUCUACCAUCUAUCUUCUUGUGCCCCCUGCACUUAACCCCAUUGUCUAUGGUGUGAAGACCAAAGAGAUCCGCAGGAGAGUCAAACAGAUUUGUAUCCUGAAGCCUGACACACAGAAGUGA